AACCAAGCUACAUUCUUCUCAUACAAUAUCAAGAAAAAAAUGAAGAUUGAAAAGAUUUGUGAAGAGCAUAUCAAGCCAUCUUCUCCAACUCCACUUAAACUUAGAAACCACAAAAUCUCUUUCAUAGAUGAAAUAAUUCCUAAUUCAUCUAUUCCACUCAUUCUUUUCUACAACAAGAAUGAAACCAUCACACAAUCAGAAAUGUGUAGCCAUUUAAAAACUUCACUUUCACAAAUUUUAACUCAAUUUUACCCUUUGGCUGGUAGAAUGAGUUCUCAAUAUUCAAUUGAUUGCAAUGAUCAAGGUGUUUAUUAUGCAGAAGUUAAAGUGGAUAUUUCACUUUUAGACAUCAUCAAAUUUCCAAAAUCCAAUGAAUUAGUCCAACUCACACCUUAUAAUUCAGAUGGAACAAUAUCAAAUUUUCAAGAACUUUUAGCCAUUCAAGUUAACUUAUUUACAUGUGGUGGAAUGGCUAUUAGUGUAAGUAUUUCACAUAAAAUUGGUGAUGCUUCUAGUCUUUGUACAUUUAUCAAGAAUUGGUGCAAUACAAGUGAAGAAUUAAGAAGCAACAAAAAGGUAAUAAAAGACUCUAUUUUCAUAUCUUUAUCAUCAUUUUUUCCACCUAGAGAAAUAGUUCAUAAUGUCAUGCCAAGUGAAAAAUGUGUAGCAAUUGAGCCUGUAGUUGAAAAAGUAGUUGUAAAAAGAUUCAUUUUUACUGCUUCAAAUAUAGUAAAAAUGAAGACUAAGGUAAUUAAUUCAGGUUAUAAUAAUGAACGUGUAACGCGCGUUGAAGUAAUUACAGCUUUGUUAUGGAAAUGUUUUAUGGCUGCAAAAGGGUGUAAUUCUAUUGCAAUUUUGCCAGUAAAUAUAAGGAAGAAAAUAGUUCCACCCUUGCCUGAAAAUUCAUUUGGAAAUUUUUUCUUAGUAUCAAGUGCUAUAGGAAAUGUAGAAAAUGAAUGGUUUUCUUUAGUAGGAAAAAUAAAGAAUGUAAUUGAGAGAAUUGAUGGUAAUUACGCGGAGAAAAUUCGUGGAGAAAAUGGUUUUGAGUUUGUUAUGAGUAAUUUUAAUCAGGUUGGAAAAUUAUUAAGUCAAGGGGAUGAUAUUAAGGUGUUAAGAAUUGGAAGUUGGUGUAAUUUUCCAAUUAAUGGAGUAAAUUUUGGAUGGGGUGAGUCUAUUUUGGCUAUUGUUGCAAUUCUUGGAGUUAAAGAUCAUAUUGUUCUUUUGGAUUCUUUAAAAUAUUCUGGUGGAAUUGAAGCUUGGGUUGUUAUGGCUGAUCAAGAAAUGGAAUUGUUUGAACAAGACAAAGAGCUUAAAGAUUUUACUUCAUUAGAUGUAAGUUUAUUAUAAGCAUGUCUUGGCGCAACGGUAAAGUUGUCACGAAUUCGAGCCGUGAAAUCAGCCACUAAUGUCUGCAUUAGAGAAUUGGCCGCCUACAUCACGCCCCUAAAGUUGGCCGGUAUACUUCGUGCACCAGACUACCUUUUAUUAUAAGCAUUUCUGGAUAUGUUACAUAAUAUGUAAUUUCUUUAUUGGAGUGGAUUCUUACAAUAAAUAAAAAGUAAGAUGUUGUACUGGUGAUUGGUAAUUAUAAUUAUUCAUAUUUUAGAUCAAAAGUAUUUGUCCA